AUUGGGGAGUCUGCCAUGGAGCUGGUUGGUGCGCUCACCAUCUUCCUGGCCAUUUGCCUGGUGGUCUUAACAGCCAAGAGGAAAAUGUCUUCCCACGGGAGGUUGCCCCCUGGACCCAUGCCCUUGCCUCUGAUAGGGAAUUUCCUGCAGAUCACAGCUUCACAGACCUUCAACUCUCUGGUCAAGCUACAUGAAAAAUAUGGCCCGGUGUUCACUGUCUACUUCGGAACUCGCCCGGUGGUUGUUUUGUGUGGGCACGAUGCCGUGAAGGAGGCCCUGGUAGACAAGGCGGAGGAAUUCAGCGGAAGGAAGACCAUGCCCACCUUGGAAAGGACCUUCCAUGAACACGGUGUGGUGUUUUCCAACGGGGAGCGCUGGAAGCAGCUGCGCCGGUUCUCCCUCACUGUCUUGAGGAAUUUCGGGAUGGGGAAGAAAAGCAUCGAGCAGAGGAUCCAGGAAGAAGCUCAGUUCCUGCUGGAGGAAUUCCGCAAGGCCAACGAGAAGCCUUUUGAACCCACCUACUUCUUGAGCCGUGCCGUCUCCAACGUCAUCUGCUCCAUUGUCUUUGGCAACCGCUUUGACUACGAGGACAAGGAAUUCCAGGCUUUGAUGGAGAUGAUGAACAACAGCUUUCGGGAGAUGAGCACUGCUUGGGCCCAGAUCUAUGACAUCUACGCCAGCAUCCUGAAGUACUUCCCUGGCCCCCACACCAAGAUCUACGACAUUCUGGAAGACAUGAGGCUCUUCAUUGCGAAGAGAGUGAAGAAGAACCAGGAAACUUUAGACUUAAACUCCCCACGGGACUUCAUAGACUGCUUCCUAAUCCAGAUGGAAAAGGAAAAAAACAACCCCACCAGUGAAUUCAAUGUCAAGAAUUUGGAGCUCACCACUCUCAACUUGUUCUUUGCUGGGACAGAGACCGUCAGCUCUACCCUCAGAUAUGGGUUCCUGCUCUUGAUGAAAUACCCCCAAAUUCAAGCAAAGAUGCACGAGGAAAUAGACCGGGUGAUCGGCCAGAACCGGGCCCCGAACAUCGAAGACCGGAACCAGAUGCCCUACACCGAUGCUGUCAUCCACGAAGUGCAGAGAGUGAGCGACCUCAUUCCCAUGGAUGUGCCUCACAUGGUGACCCGGGACACCGAGUUCAGAGGUUACAUCAUCCCCAAGGGGACUGAAGUCUAUCCAAUGCUCAGCACCGUCUUGAAUGACCCCAGCAAAUUUAAAAAUCCAAGAACCUUCAACCCAGGAAAUUUCCUGUACGACGAUGGACGCUUCAAGAAGAACGACGCGUUCGUGCCCUUCUCCUCAGGGAAACGGAUCUGCCUGGGCGAGGCCUUGGCCAGGAUGGAGCUCUUCCUCUUCUUCACCACCAUCCUUCAGAGCUUCCGGCUGAAGCCCGUGGUGCCCCCCGAGGUCAUUGACACGACUCCCAUGGAGAGCGGCUUCGCUAACAUCGCCCCCAUCUACCAGAUGUGCAUGGUCCCCCGCUGA